AUGAAGGCAACUGGAAUUCUCCUGGCAGCAGGCCUCCUGGCCAGCUCGGCCAUUGGCAAGCCUGUCAAGCAGCGCUCUGCUUUCGCAGUCAAGGACGCCCACCACGUGCCUCGCAGGUGGAUUGAGACCGGCCGCCCUGAUGCUGACCACAAGAUUGCGCUGCGUAUCGGUCUGAAGCAAGGCUCUUUCUCAGACCUGGAGCGGCAGCUGUACGAGGUGUCUGACCCCGAUCAUCGAUCAUACGGGCAGCAUCUCAAGGCCCAAGAUGUUCACAAGUUGCUGGAGCCCUCCGAAGAAACCUUGGACGAGGUUCAUGAUUGGCUGGCCGACUACGGUGUGGACAAGUCUGAGCUGAAUUACAGUCCAGCUAGGGAUUGGAUCACCGUUACGCUCCCAGUGGCCGAUAUCGAGGAGAUGCUGAACACCAAGUACUCGAUCUACCGGCACGCUGAUGGAUCGGAGCUUGUUCGUACUCCCAAGUGGUCUCUGCCGCUCCACCUUCACGAUCAUAUCGACACGAUCCAGCCGACCAACUCUUGGUUCCGAGCCAAGCCCAGGGCCUACGCGCUCAGAGUCGAGACGCUCGAGGACCAGAAGCCGGCCACGAAGCUGUACAGCAACGCCAACGUCUCUGAUGUCUGCGUCUGGGAUGCCGUCACUCCCACCUGCUUGAGAACGCUCUACGGGACCAUCGACUACCAGACACAGUCCAACAAUACCAACAUUAUGGGCUUGGUAGACUACCUCGGGGAAUCUAACAACCGUAACGACACUUUCCAAUUCCUUUCGAAAUAUCGUCCUGAGGCCAAGUCUGGGGCCUAUGAAUUCAAGUUCGACUCCAUUGCAAACGGUACAACCACACAGGUUUAUACCGACGAAAUGAUCGAGGACGAGACCAAUGUUGAGGGCAACCUGGACGUGCAGUCCAUGCUCGGAAUCGGCUGGCCAACCCAGCUCAUCGCCUACUCCGUCGGUGGCAGCCCACCCUACACCCCAGACGCGGCAACCACGACCGACACCAACGAGCCCUACUUGGUCUGGCUGGAGCACCUGCUGUCGCAGUCGGACGAGGAACUGGCCAAGGUGAUCAGCACAUCGUACGACGACGACGAGCAGACGGUGCCGCUGUCGUACGCCACGCGCGUGUGCAACGAUAUGGCACAACUCGGCGCCCGUGGCGUCUCGCUCUUCUACGCCUCGGGCGACGAGGGCGUCGGGUUCAGCGGCUACUGCGUCUCUAACGACGGCACAAACAGCUCUUCCUUCCUGCCCGAGUUCCCUUCCUCCUGCCCCUUCAUCACGUCGGUUGGCGCCACUAUGAAUUUCACCCCCGAGGUCGUCGCAUACAAGAGCACCGGCUACUCCAGCGGUGGCGGCUUCUCUAACUACUUCUCCCGGCCGCUGUACCAGGACGGCGUUGUCGACGCGUAUAUCGAAUCAUUGGAUGGCAGGGACGCUGCCUACUACAACCAGAGCGGCCGCGGGUACCCCGACAUUGCUGGCCAGGGAUACUACUACACCGAAGUGUGGGACUCGCGCGACAUUCGUGUUUCUGGCACCAGUGCUUCGACGCCGGCCAUUACUGCGAUUUUCGCAUUGGUUAAUGACGCGCUGCUGGCCGCUGGCAAGAGCUCUCUGGGCUUCCUCAACCCGUGGCUUUACAAGAAGGGUUACAAGGCCUUCACGGAUAUCACUUCGGGCAGUGCUAGGGGCUGUUCUGAGCUUGGAGACGGCCUCGGGUUCCCUGCCCAGGAAGGCUGGGAUGCUGUUACUGGGUUUGGCACGCCUAAGUUCAAGAGUAUCCUCGAGGUGCUGGGCAUCGGUAAUGCUUCGUUCACGGGGAAGAAGCAAGGCUGGAGCGUGUCACAGUAA